AUUAGUAGGCUUAGUAAGCUUAAGACUAAACAAAAACAAAAACCAAGAGUAAUUAUUUUAGGAUUCAUGGACGGCUCAUUGUAUGAUAUACUAUUUUCUUGUUUGAAUCUCAAACAAAGUUACACAGAAGUUGCUGAGAAUCAUAGACAAAUAUGUCAAAUAAUAUGUCGAGAACAGUAACUUGAAAACUUAAAUAUUCUAAGAGUUAGUAAGAGAACCAUCAAAGGCAAUGAAGAUCAAGUCAAACAUAUUUCACUUUACAAAAAUCAUUUGAUGAUACCAACAGAUUACAUCUUUCUAAAUAUACAUCAGUACUUUGGUUAGAUCCUUUGUUUCGUUUCGCAGAUAUGUUUUUCUGUUCAAGUAAAAGAAGAAAACUAGAGUUGGGUAUAGUGAUUCUUUUCUUCUUAUGUUUUCGAGUUAAAGCUAAGUGUAGUCCAGGUUGUGAUCUUGCUAUGGCAUCUUAUUUCUUAGUAGAAGGAUCAAACUUGACUUAUAUCAGUGAUAUAUUCGGCAAAAACAUUCCGGAAAUCCUUGCUUAUGAUCCGGAUGUUAAAGAUCAAAACACUAUUCAGUUUGGAACAAGAGUGAACGUUCCAUUCUCAUGUGAUUGUCUUAAUGAUGAUUUUUUAGGACAUACUUUCGAUUAUACAACGCAAACUGGAGAUACAUAUAAGAUAAUUGCUCAAAAGAUUUUCGCAGAACUCACAACGGCAGAUUGGAUACAAAGAAUAAAUCAUUUGAAUCCUAAUUUAGUGCUACCUUAUACAUCCAUCAAUGUAACAGUGAAUUGCUCGUGUGGUGAUGAAAGUGUAUCAAAGGAUUAUGGGUUAUUUAUGACUUACCCACUUCAUCCUGAAGAUAAUUUAUCUUUCGUAGCGUCUGAAUCUGGUGUACCCAAAAAAUUGCUACAGAUGUAUAACCCAGGAAUGGAUUUCAGCCAAGGGAGUGGAUUGGUGUUCGUACCUGCAAAAGAUCAAACAGGGGAUUUUCCACGCCUGAAGUCGAGUCUGUUCGUUUUUUCCCUUGCACUUUGUUUUUGCAGCAGAGGAAUCUCCAGAGGCGCAAUUGCAGGCACGUCAGUUGCAGUAGUAGCUGUUGCAGUGUUAUUAAUGGCAGUCUGUUCAUACUUUGGGCUCUCCAGAAGGAAGAAGGUCAACAGGUUGUCAUUACUUCCAAAAUUGUGCACAGAUUCCCCUACCCCAUCUGGUCUAGUAGGUAUGGUAAGAAGUACUCCCUUGGGUAAACAUACGGAAUCAAUCGGGCAUGUUGGUGGAGCUUCCCCAGGACUUAGCGGUAUCUCUAUGGACAAAUCUGUGGAAUUCUCAUAUGAAGAACUUGCUAAGGCGACAAAUAAUUUUAGUAGUAGCAAGUUAAUUGGUCAAGGAGGGUUUGGAACAGUUUACUAUGGUAUGCUAAGAGGAGAGAAAGCUGCAAUCAAGAAGAUGGAUAUGCAAGCAUCGAAAGAGUUUCUUGCUGAACUGAAUGUUCUAACACAUGUUCAUCACUUGAACCUGGUACACUUAAUUGGAUAUUGUGUUGAAGGUUCUUUGUUCCUUGUUUACGAGUAUAUUGAGAACGGGAACUUAAGCGAACACUUACAUGGCUCGGGGUGGGAAUCGCUACCAUGGACCACAAGGGUGCAAAUUGCACUUGAUUCAGCAAGAGGUCUUGAAUAUAUCCAUGAACAUACAGUUCCAGUGUACAUCCAUCGUGAUAUUAAAUCAGCAAACAUUUUGAUAGACAGAAACUUCCAUGGAAAGGUAGCUGAUUUUGGUUUAACUAAACUGACUGAAGUCGGAAAUUCAUCCUUGCAAACACGUCUAGUUGGUACAUUCGGAUAUAUUUCACCCGAGUAUGCUCAGUAUGGUGAUAUAUCCCCUAAGGUUGAUGUAUAUGCUUUUGGAGUAGUUAUUUUUGAACUUAUUUCCGCGAAGGAAGCUGUAGUUAAAGCAAAUGGAUGUAUUGCUGAAUCAAGGGGACUUGUUGAUUUGUUUGAGGAUGUUCUUAAUCAAAUUGACCCGAAAGGUGAUCUUGCCAAUCUAGUCGACCCUAAACUUGGGAAGGAUUAUCCACUUGAUUCAGUUCUUAAGAUGGCACAGCUUGCCAAAGCUUGUGCACAAGAGAAUCCACAACUAAGACCAAGUAUGCGAUCUAUAGUGGUUGCAUUAACCACACUCUCAUCGUCAUCUGACAAUUGGGAUGUCGGAUCCUUCUACGAAAAUCAAGCUCUAGUUAACCUAGUGACAGGAAGGUAGAAACUGCCUCACUCGCUGGUCACUGCUGAUGCUUGAACAAUGUCUUAGACACCAACCUGUAUUGUAACAUUAUGGCUCCAGCUGAUUUUUAUUCUCUUUGUAGUUUGUACUCCUUAUUGCUAGAAGAAAUUAAUUCAACCAAUCUUUAUAAUUUAGGAUGCGUUCAAAAAAAUUUACAGAGAAUGUCUGUUUUGUGUAGAUACCCAAGGUCCUAAACUAUUAAAAUGUAAUUUCAAGAACCGAUGAAAACGGUCUACAGA